AUGGGUUCAACAAAGUUUGGCAACUUCGAUGAAUUUUGUCGAGACACAACGCUUCCGGUCUGCAAUCUUCUAUCACCCACAGAUAACCAGCGAGGGCCAUGGCAGGGCUGCGAAUUGAGGGGGGUUCCCCUCUCCGGUGACAGGCACCUGGGCAAUUUAGGAUCUAUAAUACUAUGCGGCAUUGCAGUCGUCGUCACCAUCCUUCUGUUGCUUCGCUCAGAGAGGAAACGGGCUGCUGUCGGGCGGAGAGAAAUGCAAGCAUUUCUCCUCGGGUACCUCCUCGUCUCAAUAUGCGAAAUCUUCUCAGUAGGAGACUUCCCGUUGGAUUCCAAAGUGCGAUUGGCAUUCAGCGCCAUCCACAUUGGGGCCAUUGCGGCUACCACCUGGAUUCUUUUCCUGAAUGGCAUUGUCGGCUACCAGCUAAUGGACGACGGCACGCCUUUAUCCCUCGGCCUCCUCUUCGGCUCUGCGCUGCUCUUCCUCAUCGGCGUCGGCUACAUCGCCCUCGACACCGGCUUCUCCUUCACCGGGUACUGGAACUCGAGCUACGACCUUCCUAACAGGAGCAUCGCGCUCUACGUGCUGUACCUGCUGAUUCCGCUCUUGUGGAUCGUGCUCUUCUUCGUGCUUGAGACGGUGCUCGUCCUGCGGGUGCUCGGCGAGACAAGACCCAUGAUGUACCUUGUGGGAGCUGCGGUUGCCUUCGCCGCGGGACAGGUCUUUGACUUUGUCGUCAGCCCCUACAUCUGCAACGGCACCUCGGGCGCCAUCGACGGCGCCCUCUUCGAGACGCUUUUCACCCUAGUGUCGGUGGUGCUCGUCUGGAUCUUCUGGUCCAGCAUCACCGAGGACGACUGGCCGAUGGAUACGUCGACCCCCUACCCUUAG